AUGGAUAGGGAGGUCGCCUUCCAAAUUAUCAUCAAAAGAUGGCCUGGUUGCAUCGAGUGUCGUGAUAUGCAGGGGAAAUCAUUUCUUCACAUUGCUGUCCAGAACAACGCCCAGCGAAUAGUAAAGUAUGCUUGUGAAGAAGCAAUAUUUGCGCCGAUGUUGAACGCCCGGGACAAUGAUGGAAACACCGCACUGCACAUAGCUGUGGAGAAUCGGAAGUAUUUGAUAUAUGGGCUACUCAGCGAUGCAGGAGCAAGGCUUGGUAGCUUAUGGAGAGAUCGUGUUCAACAACUCUGCAUUGAGAAUCAGUUGUCAAAGCAAAAACAUGAAGAGAAUCAAUCAGAAGAACUGCCUGAGGAGGCGAACAUUAAGAAUGAAGACACAAAUCCCAUAAAAGAGCUCGUAAGACUUCUGAAGAAAAAAGAAGAUAAAAAGAUAAAAAAGGCAAACCGUGAGAAAAAAGAGGCGAAACUUGAGAAAGAAGAGGCCAAAAAGAAAAGAGACUCGGAUCAGAUGAAUGAUAUGACCAGGACACUUGGAGUUUUAUCUGGACUCAUCACAACGAUGACAUUCGCUGCGGCCUUCGCCGUACCAUCAGCGGUCAAAGCCGGAGGCAAUGGCACACCAAGACUUUUUUGUACGUGGGAUUUCAAUGCGUUCGUGAUGGCCAAUGCGCUUGCUUUCGUCUGCUCCUUGGUAGGUACACUCUGCCUCAUGUUCUCCGGCAUGUCCAUGGUUCAACUGCAAAUCCGCCGGGACUACUUCUUUGUUUCCCUGUCCUUCACCUACAGUUCAGUCACCUGCUUGACUGUUGCAUUUGCCCUUGGCACGGGGCCGUACAUUUCUCUGGCAGUUUGUUACCUGCCGUAUCUUUUGGGGUGUUCUAUUUCAGUUUUGGCCCUUCAUAGUUAUCUUUACUUGGGCAUCCUCAAGGGAACCUGUUCCUUGAAGAGGCCUAGUGUAGAAUGGAACCUAGAGAAUGGAUGCACCACGGUUGAUCCUCGCCUAAUGGCUCUGUUCAAGGACCAGAAAGAGCUCGUUGGUAUUGAUGAUUCAUUGAAUGAGCUAACCAAGAAGAUGAGUGAUGGGGAUUUUUAUGCGUCCAAGCAACUCAAGAUACUCUCUAUUUUCGGAUUUGGAGGCCUUGGCAAGACAACUCUUGCCAAAGCAGUGUAUGAUAAGCUUAAAGUGCAGUUUGAUUACAGUGCUUUUGUUCCGGUAGGACGGAACCCUAGUGUGAAGAAAGUUCUCAAUGACAUACUCCUUGAAAUUGACGAGCAAAAGUACUUAGAGUUGGAUGAAAGGCAGCUAAUCAACAAACUCAAAGGAUUACUCGAGAACAAAAGGUACUUGAUUGUCAUUGAUGACAUAUGGGAUAAAAAAACAUGGGAACUAGUCAAGAUCGCUUUGCUGUGUAACAAUUGUGGAAGCAGGAUAAUCACAACCACUCGUAUACUCGAAGUCGCCACAACGUCCAGUGAAGUAUACAAGCUACAACCACUUUCUCUUGAUUUAUCAAAGGAUUUAUUUCAUAGAAGAUUAUCUUGUGGUGAAAUAAAACGGCCUAAUCAUCUACCGGCAGAGGUAUAUGAUAAAAUUUUACAUAAAUGUGGUGGUGUACCAUUGGCUAUAAUCACAAUAGCUAAUUUGCUUGUUGGUAAACCUUUGGAGCUUUGGUCUAAGGUAUACACUUCAAUUGGUUUUGGGAAAGAAGAAAAUGAAGACGUGGAGAAUAUGAGAAAAAUACUUCUAUUUAGCUACUAUGAUCUACCUUGUCACCGAAAGACUUGCUUAGUGUAUCUGAGCAUCUAUCCUGAAGACCAUCUGAUUGAAAAAGAUAGUUUGAUAUGGAAGUGGGUCGCCGAAGCUUUUAUCCAUGAGGAACCAGGGGUAGGACUAUUCGAGAUUGGCGAGAGGUACUUCAAUGAGUUGGUACACAAAAGCAUGAUAAUGCCGGUAGAGAAGUCCCUGUAUUUUGGCAUGGAAAUGUAUGCUGGCACCAUAACUGGAUGUCACAUCCAUAACAUGGUGUUGGAUAUGAUAUGCCUAUUGUCAAAGGAAGAAAAGUUUGUUACUUUAUUGGAUAGUAACGAGCAAUAUGCAACUUCACAUUGCAAUGCUCGUAGGCUAGCUAUUCAACAUAUAGUCCAACCUUUGGCUAGCAUGGCAACAUUACAAGCAAGGUCAUUUAGUGCCAUAUGCUAUGCUGAGAUGUUGCCAUCACUUUCAUGCUUUAAAGUUUUGCGUGUCCUAGCUUUGGAAGGCCCCUCUGAUUCGCACAAUCCUAAUCGUCUUGAGCAUCUUGGAAAGUUAGUACACUUGAGGCAUCUCAAACUAUCGAGCAUGGGUAUCUGUGAGCAUGGGCAUCUAAAGUUCUUGCUGGUAUUGGACCUGGGUAAAAAUAGCAUAACUGAACUUCCACAAAGUAUUGGUCGACUGACUCAACUCAAGUGCUUGAAUAUCUGCGAAACAAAAAUUAAAGUGCCAUACUGGAUCGGAAAUUUGACAUCUCUGGAAGAGUUAUGCCUAAGGGAAGUUGAUCGGGACUCGAACUUUGUGACAGAGUUGGGCAAGUUAACAGAGUUGAGGAAGCUGCGCAUUUCUAUAGGUUUAGAUCUAGUUGAUGAUAGUGCAAUGAAUAGUUGGGCCUCGUCUGUAGCCAAACUCAGCAAGAUCCGAGUCAUAUACAUUGGUUAUGUUUCUGGGAGGAGAGAUUCUACUCACGAAGAGAACCCCUGGGAACGGAAUGCCCUCUCUCCACAACUCUGUGUUCUAUACAUGUGCUACCAAGAACCUGGGCUACUGGCAAGGAUUAAUCCCUUGCUUCUUCCGAACCUGUCCCAUUUAAAACUGCAUGUAUACAGUCUAGACCUGAAGAUCUUUGGCAGUUUCCUGGAGCUUGUUUCCCUCCAGUUGUACAUGGAGUCAGCUCUCCACCAUGACACCAUGGGCGGUGCAGGUGCCUUCCCCAAGCUGAGGGUCUUCAAGACACAAGCAACACUUGGCUCGUUUCAAGAGGGAGAUAUGCCGGCCCUUGAAUCUCUUGAGUUCAGCGUUGUAGCACAGUCCAAUGAUGAUGGCAUUAGCUUUGACUUUGACUUUGGUAGCCUAUGGAACCUCCCUUUGCUUAAGGAAGUCAUGGUCAUUUUAUAUGCCCCUCCUGCGGAUGGGAAGAAGGCUGAGGAAAUGGUGAAGCGGGCAAUUGAUAUGCUUCCCAACCGUCCCAUCCAUCGUGUCUUAUCACUAGAUUUAAGUAAUUGGAGUCAGAGUGCAGCUAUAUCCUGGUUGCCAUCCAUACCCAUCUCGUACAUGGUGUCCAGGACACCUAACGGGCAAAAGAAGUAUCAGAUCUGGCUGAAAGAGCAAACUUAUGCAGAAAAUUCACUGUUGUUGAUAGAAAACUACUCUUGGGACAGGCUUAUGCCAGAUCAAUUACCAGGUGCAGAUCUUCCUAUUUGGAUUGCUGCCAGAAGCAACGCUAAAGCCUGA